CAAAUAACUGUCACGUACGUGUAAAACUGGGGAUCUUUACGUGAUACUAUACAUAAACGGAUUGAGCCGGCAACCUAAGCUCCCUGUUGCAGUAUAUGCAUACUAAUACAGUAAUAUUGAACUAAAGCAUGGACUCGUGAAUAUAUACAGUGUACUAUGAAUAGAUAGGUAGCUGCACACAGAUAUGAAGCACUACACUGCGAAUCGGCUUUCGAAGCGGUGCUGAAUAGACGAACGCGACACUCCUCGUAUACUAUCACAGGCAAUACACUGAAAGGCGACAUAUGAGCAGAGUAAAAAAAAUAGGCACCGUCUAAUAUUAGAAGUAAGCUAUAUCGGAACAACACCUAACAUCUGUACAGAAUGGCAUGCAGGACUAAAUGCGAUGUUUGUGGCGCGCCUGCAGUUUUUGCGUGUCCGUGUCAGCACCGAUUCUACUGUACUAAAGAAUGCCAGAGAACCAACUGGCGGCGAGAUGGCCACAAGGAUAACUGUGCGCUGCGUUGCGGUCGCGUUGCAGAAACAGCCAAACUCAGAGAAGCUCAGAAUACCUAUACCACUGAGAGUAUUCCGUCCAUCAACGCACGACGAACUAUGAGAGGAUCUGACACCAGGGGUCAGGUGACCCAAGGUAUGGGUAUGGCCGAUAUCCAGGAUGGGGAUACCAGUAUCAUGGAAGGAGCCAGCAUUUUGAAAGGGGCUCGUUUAGAGGAAGACUUCGGCCGUGGAGGGGGUAGUCGCAAUAGCAACAGUACUCAGCCCACGCGUGCGUCUCGGCGUCAAGGUGCGGCUGUGACAUCGCAAUCUGAGAGACCGCCUCGCACAUCGGGACGAGAAUUGGAAGGGAAAGCUCCCGCAGACCAUGUGCAGGAAACACACACUCGUGGACCCGCUAGUGGCAAUGCAGACCACCACACUGUUGUUCACAAUGCUAAGACGAUAAGCACUACAGCCACAAAAGCAAACGGCAGAGAAGACGUUAACCAUAAGUCAGAAGGCAAGUACAAACCCCGACAGACACGCGCUGAAGCGGCUAGAAGUGCAAUUACCGGGCGGUUGCGCAAUGCCGGUAACCGGAACCCUGGAUAUGGUGGAAAAAGUGCACAUCCACUGACACCGAAAAAGAGCCCUGGGUGGCGCAAAUUGAGCCCGGGGCCUGGUGGGAGUGGUGUGAGUUCACUCACACCCAACAAUAGUGAGAAGGGGGGAAAGGCUGCCGGGAUAACAAAGGGAAGCGGACACGUGGAUAUGAGACACAGGCGCGCACUGUCUAAGCCCAAAUCGAGCGGGUUGUAUGGGAAUGGAGUGUCUCCGGCGAUCACUGACACCGUACCUUCUGCUGCAGGAAAGUCGCGAGCGCCACUUGUCGCAGUGAAGCAACCACCGGUCGUGAUAGAAGUAGAGAAAAAGGUACAACCAGUCAUAGAGGAGAAGGCGCAGCGGGAGAAGAAAUCACAAGCACAACCUGUCGAGGACAAGAUAGUUCCAUCUGUUGUGGGAGAAUCGGUGCCAGCACAACCGGUAGUAGAAAAGGAGGUACACCACAAAUCCAAAUACAAGCCCCGCACCACGCGAGCUCACGGGGCUGCACCUGAGAUUGAUCUUACGGCACCCCUGCCAGAUGAGAAGGCCGCUCAGAUCUUCCAAAACCGGCCGAAUAGGCCAAAUAGGCCUGGAGAGACUCGAAAGGCCAAACAGGCUGCUAAGAAAGCAGCCAAAUUACCCGUACAGUCGCGUGGGGAUGCUGUGGCGGAUGAGAAGACUGAGCGGCAUAGUCAAACGGUGAGCACGUCUAGGGAGACCACAGGUGUUACCGCUAUGGACGUAGACGGUGACUCGGGUUCGCCGAAUGUUAGAGCUGAUGCCAGUGCGGCGGGGGAAGGGCCUGUGAAUACUGGUAUCGAGUCAGAGCUGGAGAAGCCCACGAGCAAAGAGGUAGCUCUGGGAGAGAUACGAGAUACACAUGGGCCUGUGACAGAGGUACCGACGGUAGCUGUGUCUGUGUCAGCCCAUAAGUACAGUCCAAGGGCCACCCGUCGUGGCGCGAAACGAGGAAGGACGGCCGAUAUAAACAGCGAAGUUAGUGGCUCGGCUCGGUAUAGUAGUAGCAAGCGGCUCCGUAAAACACUGGAGAGUGCGAUGGACCUACCUGAUAGACACAAUGGCGCUGAGGUAUCUAUGUCUGCAGGUGAUUCGAGGGCGUCUGUAGGUACCGCAAUAGAAGUUAUAGUGGCGGAAACGCAGACAGACACGGCACUCUCAUCCACAGUGCAGUCUAAGAGGGCCGCAAGCAGUCCUAGCAAACAACAGACACAACCACAUCUUAGAGAUGGAGUGGAUAGCCGUCGCAAACGGCAAGCAGACGGUCGAAACUCGAAAGAGAAUGUGGACAACGGAACAGCUACUGCUCCCGUACAACAGGCUUCAGACAAGAAAGUUAACACUGAAAAACACCUUGGGCAAGCGAGAUUUGACGGGCGUGACCUGGCCAACAGUGUACCACACGCGGCGGGGAGAAAGAGGUCGCCCAGAGCAUCUCGCAGGGCAAAUGCAUCUCGCCAGGUACAACCAUACGUUCAGGAGGCAGUGUCUGCGGGUAUGGAGAAGGUAUCACAUACAACUGUUCAAGGUAAAACUAACUCGGAUACUCCCGGUUCUAAAAACCCCAAAACGGCUACAACAGCAGUGGUGAAUGAGGCUCAGAAAGACUCGUCGUUAGGAAGUGAGCCUCAGAAAGACUCGUCAUUAGGAAUUGAUGCUCAGAAGAAGAGGUCUGAUAAGGCUCAGGCAAUUCGGGCCGCAAAUGGGUCUGGCAACGCACUAUACCAACUGCCCCGGCCACAACCAAAGGUCAGACCACUACCCAAGGCACAUACCCAGAAAUCCAGCCGUAGAAGUGGCGAUAAGGGAAAGAAUGGCAAGAAAGCCUCUAGUAAGUGCCCGUUCAGUGAUCAGGUCACCGCUACCGACAAUGUAGCGGAGGCUAGGGUUGCUCAGAAGUCCGCUCAGCCGGUCAGUGACACACAUGGUCAGACGGAUAUACCGAUGUCAGUACAAGAUCUAGCAUCUGGUACCAAAACCGCGUCUGAGACGUCCGAUGCUCAAUUUGUAGGGACCCACGAGACGUUAUCAGCCGCCGAUGUGAAUGCGCAAGCGAAAGACACAGGUAGUGAACAGGCGAAUUCUGAAGCCGGUAAAACUGCAAGUGGGAGCGCUGGAGUUGCGCCUGUGGCAAAAGCCAAGGUGAAGGUCGUGCAGAAGCAUAAGGAGUCAAGCAGUGGAAAGGAAUCUACUCAGCGAGCAGUGGGAGCGAAUGGCAUGCGAGUGAGUAGCCGGCGUCGUCGGAAUAGAAAAGGAACUGUGACGGUGGACCUGGAUGGGCGGGAAGUAUCGCCCAGAGCAUAUGCAAGUGCCGAGCGGCAGGCACAGGCUGAGGCCGAGAUAGAAGAGGAUGAGUACAUAUGCCGCAUAUGCGAUAUACGCUUUGAUGAGAUGUAUGAAUUGGAGUUUCACAACCAGCUCCACUUCGACGUUGUAGACGAUUUGUGGGUCGAUCCUAAGGCUGAAAAGGCAUAGAGACACGUGGGAAGUCUCACACGGUUCACUAAAAGAAAAAUAUGGCCUUGGCAUACACUUGAGUGGAUAUGGCUUAAUGUGUCUUGGCCGUGCUAUCCAGACAACUCAACUGGUAUUCCAUGGCGUAGGACAUCGGUCUGCCGAAGUGUCCUAUCGGCCCUUCCUUUAUUGCCGCCUGAGCUGUCCGAAUCCGAUUAAAUAUGACUUUCAGAAACGGCUUUCGAUACAAGUUUACAGUGGUUUUGUAGAGGUACCCGGUAAAGCACUUUUCUGAGAGAUAUGCGACCAUAAAUAUAGAGGGACAAUCAAUAAAUACUGGAUUGAAUUGAAAGGGCCAUUUGUACCACCAGCUUUGACUCCAGGGAGGAACCAUAAAUUUCAAAUAGAUGAUUACGUAGCUAU